UGUUAAGUGUUGAGGUUAUAUUUACUUCAAAUAGGGAUUAUUUUUCAAUUAUUUGUUUUGUUUAACUUUGUUUUUGUGCAUAAUGUCGCCUUCAGAUACUGUGAUACAGGACCUUGACGAAAAACACAUCGAUUUGGUGGCGAAAUUUGUGUCAGAUGUCCGAAAUGGAAAGAUUGAGGGAUCAAAUAAUGUUGCCCUGGCCACAGUCACGCUUCUGGAGCAGAUCAUCAAUGAGUCUGAUAACACUACGGUCAUUGGCCUCUGCAGCCGCGUCCGCGCCGCGGGGCGCCUGGUGUCCGUAGCGCUGCCGCAGCAGCUGAGCGCCGCCAACAUGGCGCGCCGCGUGCUGCGCGCCUUGCGGGACGAGGCGCGCGCGGACGGGGACGCUUCGCUCGCGCGACUAGUUUUGGCUGCUCCGAGGAGAAAUACUACUGCAAUGGCGGAGGAUUUGAGGGAACCUGUGCGGGAGCAUGUGGCUGAGCUACGCACAGAACUGGAAGGCACAGCUGCCGCCAUCAGCUCGCAAGCCAAGGAGCACGUUCAGGCAGACGAGAUGAUCCUCACAUACGGGGCCAGCAAACUCACUGAACGUUUCCUUCGUUCAGCGCGUCGGUACCGACUGCUGCUGGCAGAAGGAACUGACGUUGCCGAGUCGCACGCAAUGGCGGCGCGGCUGAGCGCGGCGGGAGUGCCCGUGACCGUGCUGGGCGCCGCCGCCGUGUGCGCCGUCAUGUCGCGCGUUAAUAAGGUGGUGGUGAGCGUGCACGCGGCCCUGGCGGGCGGCGCGGCGCUGGGCGCGGCGGGGCUGCACGCCGUCACCGCGGCCGCCAAGCACUACGGAGUGCCGGUGGUGGCGCUGUGCGCGCUGCACGCGCUGAGCCCGCGGCACGCGCGCGAGCCGCCGCAGCUCGCCGCGCCGCACCACGCCCUGCCCUACCAGGCGGCAGAAAGCGGAGUUGCUCACGUGUACGCGCCGCGUCACGACCUCAUCCCGGCCGACAACGUCACCCUGUACAUCACCAAUCUUGGCGGCAGCUCGCCGUCUUACAUAUACAGGCUGCUCUCGGAGCUGUACGACCCUAACGACUACACCCUGAAGAAGUUAAAGCGCUGCAGCAAGGAGGUCGCAAUGUGGGCGAGUUGUUGGAUACAAGUUUUUUCGUGCGGAUCCGAGUGGUUGAGUGUUGCGGCGCAAAUCGAUAUCGGAAGUGAUGGCGCAGCAAACAUGAGCCAAGGAGGCUCUAGGAGGCCGUACUCGCGCGGGGGCCCGCGUUGGCACCCGCGCUACAAGGAUUACUGGGAUUACGAGCAAAACUACAGUGAUGGCAGCAGUGCCGGCAGCCCUAAGGAAGCGUGCGCGGCGCAGUCCCCGCCGCCACACGGGCCGCACGUGCCGCACGGCCCGCACCCGCAUGCGCCCCAUGCGCAGGUCAAGCGGGAGAACCGGCCUGAACCGAGGAGACUUAGUAUCGGAGGCGGCGCCGGCGGCUCGCGGCGCGCCGCGCCCGCCGAGCGACGCAGACCAGAGUUGCGCCUGAGCCCGGGCGCGGGCCCCUCCGCCGACCCGCACCCGCCGCACCACCACCCCCCGCACCAUCAUCAUAUGGACACAAAUCCCCUGGAGGGCGCCGCGGAAGGCAGCGGCGCGGGCUCGUCUGACGGCGAGCUGUCCUCCAAGCCCGGCGAUAGCCCGAGCAGGAAGCGGAGACGGAUCUCCCGGCAUCGCCCUUCAGGCGAGAGUAACGUAUCAGUUCCCGCGCCGGCGGCGGAGCGCCGCACCCCGCGACACCAUUACCAACCCCCUCGGCGGGUGCGGUACUUGAGCGGCGGCGGCGGCGGCCUGUGGCGGGAGCGCGUGCUGGAGCCGCAUCAGCACCAGCACCAGCACCAGCACCAGCACCAUGCGCCCUUGUUAUUGGAUAUGAACCAGAUGUCGCUCCGUGGCGCGCGGCUGGGCGCGCUGGGCGGCGGCGUGGGCUGGCCGCACGCGCACGCCCACCAUCCGCAUCCGCAGCACCAGCACCAUCCGCAUCCGCAUCAGCACCCGCACCGGGACCGACCGCAGGUGCCGACCGUGGGGGGCGUGGGCGUGGCCGGCGAGCUCUGGGGCGCCGCCGUGCUGCCCUCGCUGCCGCUGCGGUACCAGAUGGGCGGCGUGUACGCGGGCCUGCAGUACCCGCCGCGGGGGCCCUUCGCGUCUCCGCCGCACUACAUGUCACAUACGCAGCGAGCGGAAGGCGGGCGACUAGAGCUCGCUCACGGCGGCGACGGCGCGCUGUCCCCGCUGCAGCCCACCCCGGACCUACAUCAUGCUCCUCUACUAUUACACACAGAGCCCCGAGGCGCGCCGUUAGAGUUGAUGCCGCAGCACGCGCGGGCGGCGUUGCCACACCACCACUAUGUGACGCAGCGGCGGAGCGCGCUGGGCGGCGUGGGCGCGGGCGGCGCGGCGCUGGGCGGGCUGGGCGGGCUCGGCGCGCUGGCGCCGCCCCCCGCGCUGGCGCACUCGCGCGGCGCGCGCCCCUACGUGCGCCACGCGCCGCGCUGGCCGCACGCGCUGCAUAUACACGCGCAGGGCGGCGCGGGCGGAGGCGCGGGCGCGGGCGUGGGCGGCGGGCUCAUCACGGCCGUGCCGCACGUGCCCUCGCUGCACGUGCCGCUGCCGCCGCCGCCGCCCACCUACCAGGUGUUCCUGAACCUCCUGGCGAUGUUCCCGCUGUCGCCGUACGCGGAGGCGCGCGCCGGCGGCAGCGAGGCCGGCGACUCGCCCGAGACCGAGAACUACGAGGCGCUGCUCUCGCUGGCCGAGCGCCUCGGCGAGGCCAAGCCGCGCGGCCUCGCGCGCCACGAGAUCGACCAGCUGCCCAGCUACAAGUUCUGCCAGCAGACGCACCAGGGCGAGCAGACGUCGUGCGUCGUAUGUAUGUGCGAGUUCGAGGCGCGACAAACUCUACGCGUGCUGCCGUGCGCGCACGAGUUCCACGCCAAGUGCGUCGACAAGUGGCUCCGGUCAAAUCGAACGUGCCCGAUAUGCCGCGGGAAUGCCUCCGAAUACUUCAACAACUCGGAGUGAGGCGCCUCGACCGCAGCCUCCGUGCCCUGCGUGCCCUCUGUGGCCUGUGUGCCCCGCGUGCCCCGUGUGCCCCGCGUGCCCUCUGUGGCCUCCGUGCCCGUGUGGCGGACGGCUGCACUAUAAC